AUGGACAUUAGACGACACCAACGCUCAGAUCUCACAGAACGGUCGCGGCCCAGGCAACUGUCUGCAAAAAGGCAGCGCCGUGGGCAGCGCGAAGCUUGGCUCAGUUCUAUCUCAAUCAACACUCCUAGCCCUUCUGAAUAUGACACCAAAGGCCAAAGCCCAGAGAUGCAGGUUAAGGCGCGACAGAAACCUACGUCCAGCUCUCACAAUGACCAACCAACAGCGCAACCGCCCAUUGCACGGGCUCGGCGACUGGGAGCGCGACGGAUGCGGUUGGUCAAGGCUCCACUCGAGCGUGGGAGUGCGGGAAAUCCUUCAGAGGAAGAGAGACCAACACCAGAUCUCUCAGAUCAGGUGGCAUAUCAUAAUUCAUUCCUCGACGUUUUCGGUCUGCCGUUGAAUAACCCUGUAGUAACUGAUCUCCCUCCCCCUGCUACGCCCUACAAUAUACUUCAAGCUCUCUGGGUGUUGGUCGACAUGCGGCCGCACAGGGGUUCUGUUUCACGCUACGCGACCCGCGGCGCAAGUCGGCUGCUCAAGGGAGAUUUCUAA